AUGGGUGAUUUUGACGUUGCGACGAUAAAGUCCAUGUUUGAGAAGGGCGCCCAGGUUGAAGAAAUAGCUCCAAAAGGUCGGUCACAAGAGCGCAGAAGAACAAUCGCAACCUUGGGGUUAAGCCCAGGCACUUUUCAAACGCACAAGAAGUCCGUCAUAAGAAAUAGUCAAAAGCAAGUAAGGAUUUCUCCAAUACCUGUUUGUAAGAAAGAUGGCGAGACUGAGGAUACCAAGAAGAUGGUUGAAAAGGUUAGCAAGCCUCCGUUAUCAAAAUCUGUGACGAAGGAUACCUCCAUGAACAGACGCAUGACAAUGCCAAUAUCAUACUCAUUCGUUCCACCACAAACCGAAUAUAAUGAGAAGACGGCAAGUAAGUCAAAGAUAAAGGCAGCUCGGGAUGUGAAGGAUAAGGAUAGCAGCAGUCCGGAAUCAAAGGCUGACGGCGUUUCACGAGGAGCCCUCAAACCUUCAUUUUCAGGAAAAAGAAAUUUCUUCGAUCGGCAAAGUUCGAGCGCCAGUGACAGCAAAGUGGCGGCAAUCGGGAAAAGCAAAGUCAAGCCAAGAGCCCUCGCACCAAAAAAAGCAGAAAAACCGGGACUGAAGCAGAGCAAAGCUGUCAAGAGCGAGACCAAAUCAAUUCAGAAAAAGGAUGAACCCAAAAACGUUACCAAAGCCGCUGUGAAAAAGGAUCCAAACAAAAGCAUUACCAAAACCAUUGAGAAAAAGGAUUCGAACAAAAGUUUUAAGAAAGUUGCCACAGAACCGAAAAAGGUUUCAAAAUUCGCCUAUACGUCGAUAAUUAAAGACAAACGGGCAUCUCCCUAUGCUACUAUGGGUCAUGCUGGCCGCAGAAAUUCAGCCUAUGCUACAACAGGCCAUGCCGACCGCACGAAUUCAAAUGAUGGUGAGCAAAGUUUAAUGUCAGACCCCUUCCCGAUGAGGCGCCAGUCCCUCAGCGACCUACCGCUUCCUGAGCAUGAAAGUGUUGAUGUUAAUGAUUUUCAUUGUUCCCAUGGUCACUCGCUUGGAUUGUUGGACGAAUUAAGUGAAGAAGUCAUCAACGGCAAGAAAACUGUCACGAGAGAAAAGGAUAUGAACUUGCUCAAGGACAGGAAAACGGUGACAUCAAUGAUUCAGCAAUUCUCUUCACGGCCGACGCCUAUUCAUGGCAACAAGUCGCAUCAAUUGAAAAGUAUACAGGCUAGUAUGCCUCAGCCUCCUCCACCUCCGAUCCACGAAGAUGAUUCACUUGACCUUAAUACAGCAGAUGAUUCCGACAUCAUCGAAGAAGUGACAGUCGUUUCAGAAUAUACGCCAUCAAGCUCGAGGCACGUAGGAUCUGAUGAUGAUGAGGACUACUCGUAUGAGGAAGUCACUGCCACAGAAGCUGAUGAUUUCACAGAAACGGAUUCGUUCAUGAUGUCGUCAGUUGGCAUGGAAACUGCUUCACGUGCUUCCUAUACACCGUCAUUGAAGAGUCAAAGGAGGGUUGUUGUUGAUUUCCAAAACAUGGAAAUGCCCGCAUCGAAAAUAAAGGAGAAGCACUUAAAGGUUGUGAAGGAUCUUGAUUUGCUCAUGACUAAAUCAGCAAAUCAACCUGAAACAAAAGUUCAGCGGACGAUCAAAGACAAGAUGAUGCAGAAUCUUUUAAAUUCAAACAAAUCGUUGGUACCAGAGGGAGUGCGUCAAUCUUUGCUGCAAGCCGAUUUAACGAUACACGAAGUCUCUGAGAUUGUUGCCCACUUGAACAUGUGUGAAGAAAGUAAUUUGCCGAUACGCUGGGAUCUGAUCAAAGAUAUUGUAUAUCCAGAUGAAAUCGAUGAUGAGACAAGCAAAGCGUUUGAGGAGGCGAUGAACCUGCAGGGUGGCGCGCAAUCAAAUCUUCCUCCGAUGUCACCGUCAAGAGUGUUCCCAAAAAAAGGCCAAGCUGCUACGCCGACGGGGACGCUUGGCAAAGCUGCUGCCCAAGAACUUUUUCGCAAUCAAUAUGAUUUGUCACAGGAUGAUAUGGCAGACAUCUUUGCCCAUCUGACCCUAUGCGAAGAAACUGGCACUCCAAUCCGUUGGGAUUUGGUCUAUCAAAUCGUGUACCCGGAGGAUGAGAUGAGCGCUGAUGACUCGCAAACAGAUCCAGGAUCGAUGAUGGUCGACGCCUUGGACGAUAAUGAAACGGUGACCAGUUGGUAUUCGAUCUAUCCAGAAUUCGACGAAUGUGGUUCCGAAGUCACUUUCAAUAUAGAAGAGGACGAUGAAGUUGGUUCGUUGUCGAGAACCAAAAUAGCUAACCCGACGGGGUCCAAAACGGAUGGCAUCAGCGGGCAGCUGUCGCCACAAAGGCCAGGGCCAGCAUCUGACAAUCCUGGCCUGGCAACUCAAAAUGAUGAACAACUAUUACGAAAACGAAUUGAACAGCUCCAAUUGGCUUCAGGCAAAAAAGGAUCUUUUCAAGUACACAAAAGAAAAAAGGGUGUAUAG